AUGGAGGACAAACACCAAGAAUCAUUCCACAUGCCCUCAAUUCAACCUGUAAUGGGAACCUCCUUAUAUGCAAUCCAAGAAGAAGCCACCACCACCAAGUCUCUAAGGCCCUUGUCUUUAAUCUUAACCAGAGUCCAUGCAGGCUAUUUUGGCAUAACCCUCUCCAUCUCAUCCCAAGCUCUCUUGUGGAAGAUACUGAGCAGCCCAGUGAAUAGCUCACAGGGCCUCCAUCACAUGUUCCACAAGCUUCCGUCACUAUCUUUCCUUCUCCUGUGGUGUUUAGCCUUCCCAAUACAAGUCUUCCUCUCUCUUCUCUACACACUCAAGUGCUUCCUCCACUUCAACAUGGUCAAGCAAGAGUUCAAGCACCAUGUUGGAGUGAACUACCUGUUUGCCCCCUGGGUCUCUUGGCUUCUCUUGCUUCAAUCAUCUCCAUGGGUUUCGCCCGAUAGCGCACUGUACGUGUUGCUUUGGUGGGCCUUUGUGACUCCUUUGAUAGCUCUUGAUGUGAAAAUUUAUGGGCAAUGGUUCACCACGGAGAAGCGGUUCUUGUCGGCGUUCGCAAGCACAGCGAGCCAUAUGACCGUCUUGGGGAACCUCGUGGGCGCGAGGACGGCUGCGCUGAUGGGGUGGAAGGAGAGUGCUCUAUGCAUGUUUUCACUUGGGAUAAUUCACUAUUUGGUGAUAUUUGUGACCCUAUACCAGAGAUUAUCUGGUGAAAAUUAUUCACCGCCAAACCUCCGGCCAACUCUCUGCUUGUUCUUCGCCGUGCCGAGCACGGCGAGUUCCUCCUGGAGAUCUAUCUCAGGAAGUUUCGACCAACCCUCCAAGAUGAUGUUCUACUUGUCUCUCUUCAUUUUCGCAUCUCUGGCUUGUCGGCCUCUGCUCUUCAAGAGAUGCAUGAGGCGAUUCAAUGUCGCGUGGUGGGUUUACUCUUUCUCUCUCACCUUCCUCGCUCUAUCCUCAGCUGAGUACGCCCACGACAUGAGAGGGAUCAGAGGAAAAGGGCUCAUGCUCGCGUUAUCGGCCUUGUCGGUUGUGGUUUUCCUCAGUCUCUUGGUCCUCACCGCACUCAGACUCGACCAGCUCUUGUGGGAUGAAGAACAAGAUGAGGAACCAUCCCUAGGGUUUCCCAGUGACUCAGAGAGUUCUUGA